AUGGCCAGUCCAGCGAAAAAGAGGAAGAAAAAUGAAUCGAACGAAUCGCCGCAGAAAAUCCGAAGCAUUGCAUCCUACUUUAGCGGUGCGAGACAGGCAACGCCACAGCUUACACCCAGCACUGAGCACGGCGAGCUUACGGAUGAGGAAUUGGCCCGGAAACUACAGGCAGAGUGGAAUAAACAAGACCAGGACAAUGCUGAAUUACCCACGCCGGAGACCAUGGCAAUAGAGAAACCACUGCAAAAAGAUUCCCCAGCCACUGAUCUUGCUGCCAGUCUCGCUUCAGCUACCGACCGGAGUAGUAUACAAACUACUCCUGCUCCUAAAUCUAUCACUGGAAGCGGGACAAAGGGAGUUCUGGCUUUGCAGAGCUCGUCGGCUGCGGAAGAUACCAUAUCUUCGUCAUUGCCCUUUGAUCAAACUCCCCUUGCAUUUGACCCGCUUGAGCACAAGGAGAAACUCCAAGCACACUGGGAAGCGGACGGCGGAAGAGCAUCGUAUGCUAUUUUAGCUCGUGCAUUCUCUCUUGUCAACGGCACGCAAAGCAGAAUCAAAAUAGUCGAUAUACUAGUGAACGCUCUCCGACUUAUUAUUGUUGGGGACCCCCAAAGCCUUCUCCCUGCGGUAUGGCUUGCUACUAAUGCAUUUGUUCCGCCAUACGUACCCAGUGAGUUGGGUCUAGGGGGUUCUGCCAUUUCUAAAGCGCUGAAGAAAGCUUAUGGGUUGGACAACCAUGGUCUUAAGUCACUUUAUAAUAAACACGGUGACGCUGGCGAUGUAGCGUUCGAAGCAAAGAAAAAACAGAGCUUUACAUUAAGACGACCAAAACCGUUGACUAUUCAAAGUGUUUAUGAUGCUCUGAUGAAGAUUGCAGCCAGCAAGGGCACAGGGAGCCAGGAGGUAAAGCAGAGGAUCGUUGAGAAAUUGCUCCAGGAUACUAGAGGCGCGGAAGAGAGCCGGUACAUUGUUCGUACGCUCGUUCAGCAUCUUCGGAUUGGAGCAGUCAAGACGACGAUGUUAAUUGCGCUAGCAAGAGCCUUUCUUUACUCGAAACCGCCAACAGCAGGUUUUUCGAUACGUUCACAUUCGGAGUUUACGGGCAUGAAAAAAGAAGAGCUUGUGAAUAUCUACUCACAAGCAGAGGAGACUAUUAAAGCAUGCUAUGCACGACAUCCAAACUACAACGACAUUGUCCCAUGUCUACUAGAAUGCGGGAUUUCCGCAGAGCUUCUUAUGAAGUGUGAUAUAACGUUGCAUAUCCCUCUACUUCCUAUGCUGGGUAGCAUUACACGCGACCUUCCGCAAAUGUUAACUAGAUUGCACGGACGAUCCUUCACCUGCGAGUAUAAGUACGAUGGGCAGCGAGCACAGGUCCAUUGUGAUGCGUCGGGAAAAGUUUCCAUAUUUUCUCGCCAUCUAGAAGUUAUGACAGAUAAAUACCCGGAUUUAGUAUCCCUUGUCCCCCAGAUUCGAUCUGAAGGAGUCUCUAGCUUUAUUUUAGAGGGCGAGGUGGUUGCCGUUGAGAACGAAUCUGGCGAGCUGCUACCAUUCCAGGCUCUCACAAAUCGGGCAAAGAAAAAUGUUGAAAUAGGCAACAUUAAGGUUAAUGUCUGUCUAUUCUCGUUUGACUUGAUGUACCUGAAUGGACAGCCGUUACUCGACAGGCCAUUCAGAGAACGACGGGAACUUUUAAGGAGUCUAUUCACUGAAAUCCCAAAUCGAUUUACAUGGGUAAAGAGCAUAGAUGCUUUCCCAUCUGAUUCGGAUGCCGUUCUAAGUUUUUUCAAUGAUGCUCUCAACGUAAAGUGUGAAGGGAUAAUGGUCAAAGUUUUGGAUGACAAGCCAGUUGCGGAUCAGUCUGAGACAGCAGGUGAUAGUACCAUUCUCGGUGAUACUGGCUCCGGCCCCGAGGAAGAACAGCCGGAAGACCCUACAGACCCGGCGGAGAAACAACGAGGAAACCGUAAACGACCUCUUCUGUCUACAUACGAGCCUGACAAACGACUGGAAUCUUGGCUCAAAGUGAAAAAAGAUUACAAUUCUGCCUCUGAUACAUUAGACUUGAUUCCCAUUGCAGCAUGGCAUGGCCAGGGUCGAAAGGCCAAAUGGUGGUCACCAAUACUUCUAGCAGUACGAAAUCCGGAAACGGGUUCACUUGAGGCCGUUACUAAGUGCAUGUCUGGCUUCACGGAUAAAUUCUACGAAGCGAACAAAGAGAAAUAUGCGGAAGGCAGCGACAAUCUUAUCUCACGGCCAAGUUACGUGGAGUAUUGUGGCGAGCCGGAAGUAUGGUUUCAACCUCAAGAGGUCUGGGAGAUGGCGUUCGCAGAUAUUACGCUGAGUCCUACGUAUCUCGCUGCGAUUGGACUGGUUAGUGAAGAGCGUGGCUUAAGCCUUCGAUUUCCAAGAUUCCUAAAAGUGAGAGAAGACAAGGGCAUUGAUGAAGCUAGCACUUCGGACUAUCUCGCUCAUCUUUGGAGGAAGCAGACCGAGAAGUCACAGGCAAUUGGGACUGAGCAAGGGGGCUGA